CGCCAGCGGAAGCGGCCCUGGGCCCUGCGGGUCUUCUCCGAGCGCUCCCUGGGCGGCUCACCCGGCCUGGCCGGCCCGCCGCUGGGCGCCGCGCCGCGCUCACCCCACCCGCCAGCGCUGGCAGAGGGGGCGCCCCUGGGGCGCGGCGGGGCGACUACUCCCCACCGCCUGGCCGUGACCCUACUAGGAAGUGCCUGGCGCGACUUCCGGCGCGAGGGAGUUUUGAAGCUCUGAGCUCUUUCUUCUGGGAAUUUUAAUGAAUCACUGAUUGAUCAACGCCAUUUUACCAUUUGGAACAAGUUAUCAGGAAUGGACAUAGUGCUUUUAGAGCCAACAUGUAACAGAUGGAUGCAACUCCAAGCUGAUUGCUUCUUCAUGCCAACACUCUUUUGACUGUAUAGGAUCUUUGUCUCUUCAUCUUUGACCUGGAUUGCUGGCAAACAAAAGGAGUUCAUGUAGUGUUUUGUUUAAGCCUGAGUCACCAUGAGUAGUAGUUUAGGCAAAGAAAAAGACUCUAAAGAGAAAGAUCCCAAAGUGCCAUCUGCCAAGGAAAGAGAAAAAGAGGCAAAAGCCUCUGGAGGUUUUGGGAAAGAAAGCAAAGAAAAAGAACCUAAAACCAAAGGGAAAGAUGCCAAAGAUGGAAAGAAGGAUUCCAGUGCUGCCCAGCCCGGGGUGGCCUUUUCAGUCGACAAUACGAUCAAACGGCCAAAUCCAGCACCUGGGACCAGAAAAAAAUCCAGCAAUGCAGAGGUAAUUAAAGAGCUUAACAAAUGCCGGGAGGAGAACUCAAUGCGCUUGGACUUAUCCAAGAGGUCUAUACAUAUACUGCCACCAUCAAUUAAAGAGUUGACUCAACUAACAGAACUUUAUUUAUACAGUAACAAAUUGCAGUCCCUUCCAGCAGAGGUGGGCUGUCUAGUAAAUCUCAUGACACUGGCUCUCAGUGAGAACUCACUCACUAGUUUGCCUGACUCUCUGGAUAACUUGAAGAAGCUGCGGAUGCUUGAUUUACGGCAUAAUAAACUGAGAGAGAUCCCUGCAGUGGUGUACAGACUAGACUCUCUCACCACCCUGUACCUUCGCUUUAACCGCAUCACUGCUGUGGAGAAGGACAUCAAAAACCUGCCGAAGCUGAGCACGCUCAGCAUCCGUGAGAACAAAAUCAAACAGCUCCCCGCGGAAAUCGGUGAAUUAUGUAACCUCAUUACCCUGGAUGUAGCUCACAAUCAACUUGAACACCUUCCAAAGGAGAUUGGAAACUGCACACAGAUAACCAACCUUGACUUGCAGCACAAUGAACUACUAGACCUCCCAGAUACAAUAGGAAACCUGUCCAGUUUAAAUCGUCUUGGCCUGAGAUACAAUAGAUUGUCAGCAAUACCCAGAUCUUUAGCAAAAUGCAGUGCACUUGAGGAGUUAAAUUUAGAGAACAAUAACAUUUCUACUCUACCAGAGAGUCUUUUAUCCAGUCUUGUAAAAUUGAAUAGCUUGACCUUAGCUAGAAAUUGCUUCCAGUUAUAUCCAGUGGGAGGUCCAUCUCAGUUUUCCACCAUUUAUUCCCUCAACAUGGAACACAAUCGAAUCAACAAAAUUCCAUUUGGAAUCUUCUCCAGAGCUAAAGUGUUAAGUAAGCUGAAUAUGAAGGACAAUCAGUUGACGUCGCUUCCUUUGGAUUUUGGAACUUGGACCAGUAUGGUAGAAUUGAAUUUAGCCACAAAUCAGCUCACAAAAAUCCCAGAGGAUGUCUCUGGUCUUGUUUCUCUUGAGGUUCUAAUACUAUCGAACAAUCUUCUAAAGAAGCUUCCCCAUGGUCUUGGAAACCUUAGAAAGUUACGAGAAUUAGAUCUAGAGGAGAACAAACUGGAAUCCUUGCCCAAUGAGAUUGCGUAUCUUAAGGAUUUACAGAAAUUAGUCUUGACAAACAACCAGUUGACCACUCUUCCCAGAGGCAUUGGUCACCUCACCAACCUCACACACCUUGGCCUUGGAGAGAACCUGCUUACUCACCUUCCCGAGGAAAUUGGUACACUGGAAAACCUAGAAGAAUUGUAUUUGAAUGACAACCCCAACCUCCACAGCCUCCCCUUUGAGCUGGCUCUCUGCAGCAAGCUGUCGAUCAUGAGUAUUGAGAACUGUCCGCUCAGCCACCUCCCACCUCAGAUUGUUGCUGGAGGGCCUUCGUUCAUCAUCCAGUUUUUAAAGAUGCAGGGUCCAUAUCGUGCCAUGGUCUGACACAAACUGCUGGUCCCACACACUGUUCAAAAACAGACUGCCAUUAAUGUUUCAUAUCUAUAUCUGUAUCUGUGGAUAUUGAUCUGUGGCAGAUUUAUAGAGACUGCAUUAUGUGUUUCUGCUAAUAGAGGAAUCAUAGCCAUUUAGAUUUUUUUAAUUCUGUAAAGAAAAAAAAAGGCUUAUAUAAGUUUUCUUUGCUAAAUUUGAUGGAUGGUUUUCUGUUGUGUAAUCUGAUAUGCCAGUUUGUUUAAAAAUCUUCCAACAAAUUAUGAAGUCAUUAAAUUUAAGGGGCAAAGUAAUAUAGUUAGAUAUGUGUUUCUCUUAGGAAAAAAUGUGGGCCAAAAAUUUUGUUGGAACAUUUCAUAUACAUUUUCCCUUACAAUUGUCAAAUGUUUAUAAUAGCAUAAGCCCUGAAGGUAGAAUUUUUCUUUAAUUUAUUUUGAAAUUUGAAUUUUAUAUAUUGUUUACAGUUGGAGUGAAUCACUGGAUUAUUUUGAUUUGCUCUGGUUUGAUCAGUCAGAUAUAGAGUUUAUGUUCUCUCCUCAAGAAUUUGCAUCAGUUAAAGAUUAAAAAAUAUUUUUGUUGAAACAGCUGGCAAACAGAAAAUAUACAUUUAGAAAUCAAAAUUUCCACUACUUUUAUUUCUCUGAUGAACUCUAAAAUAAAUAUCUGGUCUUUGGGGUGGGGAUACUGAGACCUUUCCUAAAAUAAGUAUUUUUACUUUGGGGGAGCAGAAAUCUGGUGAUUUUCUUUUCUCUUCUUUUCCAUUCCUGACAGUUGCAGAUCCACAAAAAUUCAACAGAAAUCUGGCAAAUAAAUUACACAUGAACACACUUUCUAUAUAUGUAUAUACAAUGCUAUAUAGACAUGUAUUUAUUAUAUCAUAAACUACAAUAGGUAACUUUAAGGACUUUACCCUUUCGUUGUACAAUGAGAUGAAUGUCUCUCUGAAGACUGCAGUCACGUAUGUUUCAAGGUUAUUUAACAGUGUACUGUGGUUUUAUAUCUUGACUCGCCUUGUACAUCUUUCUGUUCUGAGUAUCUGUGUCUAAGCACAAUAUCUUCACACUGUGCUGUAUUGCUGCUGAACUAAAUGCACUUUCCCCAUAUGUGGGGCACCGGCUUCAAACAAUUCAGUUCAGUACCAUUAUUUUCAAUCUCUUGUUUCCUUUGUUAGUAGAUGAUAUAGUACAGUUAGGGAAAAAUGCACAUUGCAUUGACACAUUGGUAGUUCCAUGGAAGUUAUGUAGGAUGUGCAUGUACUAUUUGAUAAUAUUUUCUUUUGCUUUACUGCCUUUACAAAUAGCAAAAGUGUAAAUUUGUGCCCCUUACAUAGUACUCUUAUUUUUGGUAGUGUUGGUCUAGGUCGCUUAAUUAUUGAGGAGACCCCACAGAGCAAGUGCAUCCUAGAUAUCACCCUUUUAAAUAUACCUUCCACGUAAUGAGCAACUAUUAUAUAUGAUUAAAUAUUGCUGCUUAUUUUUCUGUUGGCCUCCCCCCCAGUUUUUGGGCAUUUUGUUCUAAACAACUAUUUUUUACAAUUAAAAGUGUAAUAUCGAGAUAAAAUUUGAACUUUUGCUUUUUCUGGCACUCAGACUCAAGACUGGAUUUGAGGAACAAAUCUGGGUUCAUAAUUGACAAAUUUGUAAGGAGCAAGUAAGAAAUGGAAGGCAGGUAAAGAUAUAAAACCCUAGAAUGCUUAAAUGUGCUGUAAAACUAUUGUAGAUGUUCACUGGAUUUUACAAAGUAAUAUCCUUUUCCUUUUCCAUCUACUGUGGCUUUUCAGUUAAGAUUUUGUUUAUAAAAGGAAUUUAUUACAGUUCUACCUAGAGCUUUGUGUGUGUGUGUGUGUGUGUGUGUGUGUGUGUGUGUGUGUGUGUGUACGUGUGCGUGCGUGCAUCUGUGUGUGUGUGCGCGUGCGUGUGUGUGUAUGUGGGUUUUAAAUCUCAUCCAUAUGUAUUGAUAUUAAGGUCAUGGAACUUCUACUUAAGGGGUAGCGGUCUAGUGUCUUUCCUUGUAAAACAUGGUUUUUCAAAAUGAAAAUAUAUGGAAAAUGUUAAACAA